AUGUUCACCGGCCGGUACAAAUCAUUAAUCAUACUUCAAAACACCGCAGUCAUCGUUGCUUUUGCAGCAAGCUUGACCAACGCUUCCGUCCUCAACAGAAGAGCAGCCUAUUGCCAAAGUCAGGCCGUGUGCUAUCGUGUUCGUCGCUUGCGUGGGACCCAGUUUUUUCGUCCCCAGGAGACCACCUCAACCAGCUCCGUUGCACCCAGCAUUACUGCUGCAGCAGUUGAUUGCGACGCUCAAGCCAACGAGUGCCAUACCGUGCCAGGUGCCAAAAAAGCAGUGUGCUCGGCCCCAUAUGCCCUCUUGCUUGGGUUACGUCCAUACAACGGGCAAAUUCAAGAUAGUUACUAUGGUCACCACACUACUUCUACCAGCUCUCACCGCACUACCUCGACCAGCUCUGCUGCACCCAGCAUUACUGCUCCCUGCUCGGCCCACCUUUCUUGCCUAAGUUUCAACCCAGAGACCUCUUCGCCCAGCACCAGCACCAGCAUCACCACUCCCAGCAACCCCUCCACCAUCACCACCACCUCUGCCGGCCCUGUGCUCUACACCGGCGCGGCCUCCAUAAGCGCUACAGCCUACGGCAUUCUGGCCCUCGCCUACGGAGCCGCUGCCCUCUGGUAA